UUUACACAGCCGGCAAGUGGGCGAUAACGGUAUUAAACUUUAUCCGAGAAGAUUAACUGAAACUGACUUAAGUAAAAGCAGAAACAUGUCGACAUUGAAUAACGAGAUGGGUUUCUUCACAAGACCUGAAAAAUCGUUCUCAGAAGCAAUGAAGGAUGCUUGGAAAGCGGCACAAUCGGGGCGCAGCCCCAUGGAAGCGCAUUUUGAAACUGACUCCCUGAGCGAAGAGUCGGCCCGACAGCGCUUUGAAGCCCUCAACGCAGCUGGUAGAUUUUUCUACGGGUCUCUCAGCAUAAUUGUACUCUAUUUAGCCGACACGACGACCCUACCUUACGUGUAUGCUGAUGACCCAGAUGCAUUAACCACAAGACGAUGGGUGUUUUACUACAUUUUCAUAAACCUGACUUUGAAUUACCUGUUAGUCAUCUUCCAGUUGUCUAAGUACAAGCCAGACGCUUUGCCGACAGUUGCUCCGAAGGAAUGGUGGAAAUACUGCGACCGCUGUAAAGAUCGUAUACCAACAAGGGCGCAUCAUUGCCCCCUGUGUUUUGCGUGCAUUUUACGUCGAGAUCACCACUGCUUUUUCGCUGGGGUCUGCAUUUCUUACAACAAUCAGCGCUACUUUGUUGUUGCAUUGACUUACAUCCUCGUGGGAUGCUUGUACAGUUUAUGGCUAAGUAACAAGUACCUUUCCGGGACUUACAGAGCUAUGUUUUCGUCUGAAUGGUAUUAUUUUCUUCCCCCUGUGAUGCUGUACGACUUCGUUUUCGGAAUUGCGACCAUCAAAGUUUUGCUCAUCUGUGUGAUAGGAUUUUUCUCGUUUUCCGCGGGUCUCACUGCCGCAUAUUACUUGACGAUGCAAAUUCUUCUUAUUAUAAGAGGACAAACGACUCACGAGUUUGGAAAAGGAAUAAUAACUUACAGAAGAGGCUUAAAACACAAUAUAGAAUCUGUGUUCGGACCUAUUUGUUUGGUUCCUUUUUAUUUCAUAUUUCCCGUAGUGUACUGUGUGAAACCAAAAGGAAAUGGACUAGAAUGGGAAACUGUGAACGGGAAGAAAGUAUGAUGAAGUUAUUAGUACUGCUUUCUUUAUCCUAUCAUCACUGAAUUAAUUUUUUAAUUAUCAGUCAACAGCUUUAUAGGCUUUAAAACUUAUUACUGUUUUUACUUUUCAAUUUUUAUACUUUUUAUAUGUGAUACAUAUUUACAUAUGCAUUGACAUUGAUACAGGUUAUCAUGAAAAAAAAGGCACCAAGAUUUAGGUGUUUGAGUUUGAGAGAUUACUGAAACAAUAACGCCUCUCCACAAACU